AUGAUACUUGAAUGUUUUAAAAAUCUAUCAAACCAUGGUAAAAACAAUCUUUCAAUUUUAAAUCAAACUUUUAAUACUACUAUGAUGGAUAUUGAUUCAAAUAUGAAUAUGAAUAUAGUUUGUAAAAAAAAAACUACUGAUCAUUUUCAUCCAAUCAAUGAUCGAACAGGUCGGAGAAUGUAA